AUGUUAUCUAUCUUCAUGCCGACAUUUCGGUCUUUCUUGUUUUCUUUCUUUCUUCCUUUCUUUCUUUCAAUAUUGCAUUCCUGUUUCUUUGGAACAAACAUGUUAUCUUUCUUUCUUUCUUUCUUUCUUUCUUUCUUCCAAAAUUUUAUUCCUGUUUCUUUUGAACAAACAUGUUAUCUUUCUUUCUUUCUUUCUUUCUUUCUUUCUUUCUUUCUUUCAAUAUUACAUGUUAUUUUUUUCUUUCUUUCUUUCUUUCUUUCUUUCUUUUUUCUUUCUUUCUUUCAAUAUUACAUGUUAUUUUUCUUUCUUUCUUUCUUUCUUUCUUUCUUUCUUUCUUUCUUUCUUUCUUUCUUUCAAUAUUGUAUACCUGUUUUUUUUAACAAACAUUUUAUCUUUCUUUCUUUCUUUCUUUCUUUCUUUCUUUCUUUCUUUCUUUCUUUCAAUGUUGUAUUCCUGUUUCUUUUGAACAGACAUGUUAUUUUUCUUUCUUUCUUUCUUUCUUUCUUUCUUUCUUUCUUUCAAUAUUACAUGUUAUCUUUCUUUCUUUCUUUCUUUUUUCUUUCUUCCAAUAUUACCGUUCCUCGUUUCUUUUUGUUAAAUAUUUUAUUUUUUCAUGGUUCUGUUUUUCUUUCUUUCUCUCUUUCUUUGUUUCUUAAUUUCUCUCACACUCACUCUCUUUCUUUCUUUCUUUCUUUCUUUCUUUCUUUCUUUCUUUAUUUCUUCCAAUGA